AUGUCGGCCUCAUCCUUCCAGGCGCUCGACUACCUCGAGCAGCUGCCCGUGCAAACGCACAGGAAACUCUACGAGCAGCCCUCCACCGUACUGGCCAUCUUCCGCUGCAUGUUGCCGCACCUGGCAAAAUCCAUCGUCAUGGCCCUGCUCUACAUGCCCGCGCCGUUUCCUGCCGCCGACCUGGACGCCUGGUUCCGCGCAGACUCCGCGCAGACGAAGCGAGGCGCCAUGUAUAUCCUUGAGAAACUGCACAUUACUGUUCAGAAGCAGGACGACGCGCGGACGCUCUCGUAUGAGCUGUAUCCUAGCUUUGCUUCGAGCCUGCGGCAGGCGCUCGAGGGGAGCGGGUCACACCGCUCGUUCGGCGUGCCAUCGCACAAGAGCGAGGAGAAGAGGGUCAGCGUGGAGUUCCUGGAUAGUUACUCGCAACGGCAGUGGGAGAACAUCUUGUUCUACCUGGUUGGAGGCACGGUGGGAUUCAGGAACACAGGAGGACAGGAUAUUGGCACCGGAACAAAAAAUCUGCUGCAGAUGGCAGGCUUCUUCCAUCAUGGCAUGAUCACGCGAGAGGGUUUCACGUUUGUGCUUAGGGACACGAAUGCACAGGUCUGGAGCUUGCUCGUUGCCUACCUGAGGAACGCGCCUCAGCUUUCCAUGUCCGAGACCGACAUUCUCAACUUUCUCUUCAUGCUCGGCUCCCUCGAGCUGGGGCAAGACUAUUCCACCGCCACCCUCUCCGCAACACAACUGCAAAUGCUCGAAGACCUCGCCGAGUUCGGCAUCAUCUACCGCUCGCACAAAGCCGCCUCCACCUUCUACCCGACCCGCCUCGCUGUAGCCCUCACCUCCGACGCAGGCGCUCUCUCGCAAGGCGCCGGCUCCGCCACCGGCGGCGGGUCUACCCAAAAAGGCUUCAUCAUCAUCGAGACCAACUACCGCCUCUACGCCUACACCAACAGCCUUCUGCAAAUCGCCAUCCUCUCCCUCUUCACACAUAUGCGCACGCGCUUCCCCAACCUCGUGACGGGCAAAAUAACGCGGCGCUCCAUCGGGCGUGCAAUCUCCUACGGUAUCACAUCCGCGCAGAUUAUCGAGUACCUCGACACGCACGCGCAUCCGCAGAUGCAGAAGACGAAGCCGUUCCUGCCGCCCACCGUCAUGGAUCAGAUCCGCCUGUGGGAGUACGAGCGGGAGCGCAUGGAGACGACCCAGGGGUAUCUGAUGAGAGAGUUCCCGAGCGAGUUGGUGUACAAGGAGUACGUGCAGUAUGCGAAGGAUAACGGGGUCCUCGUCUGGCAAAGUGACAAACUGCGGAUGUUUUUUGUUGACAGUUUUGAGGUUGUGCAGGCAAAGGUCAAGAGGGACAGGGAGAGGACGCAGGCGCGAGGGGUACGGUGA